GAAAUAUAAAAUGGCACUAUCAGACUUUCCCCUGCAAACAGCGUAUAAUUUACACAAUUUUCCACCGAAAACUUGCAACCUUCCCUCUUACAGGGGCAUUUACAUGGCAGUCGCCUCCCCUUAGGCUGCGCUCCCCUGUCGCAACAUGUCCGGAAGCUGGGGUCUGAAAUCACGGCAGGACACGACACAGGGGCUGAUCAGCCACACUCGCACGCCACGCUAUGCAAAUACCACUUGACCAGUGUUUAUAAAGACCAGUGCUGUGUGGGUCUCACGGUCUUCAUCCUGCCAGACACUUGCUGCACCACAGCUGCUUCAUCUUACACUCGCCGACAUCACGCCUCCUUCAUCCACAACAAAAGAUAGCCGAGAGAAGUUUUGCCAGCUUAACCAGACAAAAAGGAGAGAAAAAAAUCAGUUGUUCAGAACAUUUAUAAACAUUUGUCGGUUCCAGGCAGUUUCUGAGAGAGUGUCAUGAAGAUGGUCGUCCAUCACCGAAACUUGUGUUCGCUGGUAUACAUUGUAGGUGUUUGUGUGCACCUGGGACAUGGGCAGAGAGCCAGUUUGGGAGACUCGCUAGUUCAGGGUAUCCACCUGAACAGCGGCAUCGGAGAGGAAAGAGCCGGCUUCCCUCCAAACCGGGAUGUGGACCAUCACAUGACCGCCACUGGUGUUCACGCUGCGUCUAGAGACACAUGCACCGCCGAGUACAGGGAGAUCCCCGGCCAUACCAUGUGCCUCACGGACAAACCGCAGGUCAUACGAGAGGGCGUGACACCGGAAGAAAAAGCCAUCAUCCUGCGGCUUCACAACGAGGCCAGAGCUUCUGCCCGACCCUCAGCGUCUGACCUCACCACUAUGGUCUGGAAUGAUGACCUGGCCGCCGUUGCCCAGAAAUGGGCGAAGCAAUGCAUCAUGGGGCACGAUAAGGAGCGAUCGAUUCCAGGGUUGGGGGUCAGCGUGGGUCAGAACGUUGCGGGAGGAUAUCGCACAUGGGAGAGGGCCAUCGGAGGCUGGGAGGAGGAAGUCAAGAUGUACGUGUACGGCCGCGAACCGGACACCUACUUGGGCACUGGAGGGUGGGUGAAGAUUGGACAUUACACACAGAUGGUUCAGAACACGACGCAUAUGGUCGGCUGUGGCUUUGCUGCUUGUCGUGGGACUCAGUAUGGCCGGUACUUCGUCUGCAACUAUGCUGCUGCCCAAAGCCGCCUGGCAUUUCCUUACACUCGUGGUGCCAGGUGCAGCGCCUGCCCCAAGUCCUGCAGGAACGGCCUGUGUGACUGUGGGGGUCGCGUGUGUCUCAACGGUGGUACGCUUGACCCCAACAACUGCACCUGCAACUGUCCACCUGUGUACACCGGGGCUGACUGCGGCCAAGUGAACUGCCCCAGCCAGGACCCCUUCUACUGCGGGAGGGACAUCGCGGCCGGCGACUGCGUCAAGUACUUCAACGUGCCUCACAUGUGUCCUUACAUGUGUGGUGUGUGCACAGGAGGCAAAGAACAGCAUAUACUUGAGAAAGAAGGGAACGCACCUCCAGUGCCUGUAUUCACUUCCGCUUUCGGAUGCACGUACGAGGGCAAACGGUCUACCCCAGAGGAGUGUAAGGCGUUUGGCGACAAGGGUGUAGACAAAGCUUUCUGUGCCAGUCAGGGCGGCGAGUUUACCUGCAAUGAAUGCUCCCUGUACUACAACAUCAAGCGCGACUACUGUCCCGUCAUGUGCGGACUGUGCGACCCUGUCUGUGGCGGCAAGGUGUGUCAAAAUGGCGGACGUCUGGACGCCGACACCUGCGUGUGCGAAUGCAAGGCUCCCUAUUCGGGCAGCACAUGCGAGAAAGCCAGCUGCCCAAAAGAUGACGAGUUUCACUGCAGUUUCUACCCGGACGACUUCUGCACUCAGUUCGUCAAUGUUCCGGAGGAGUGCCCCUUCAAGUGCGGUGUCUGCAAGAAGUGAGAUGCCCCUCAUCUACCAUCCAAGUCUUGACCCACAACUUGACCCUUCAACCGGACGUCCGGAGAAGCUGCCUGGGGGCAAGGUCUGUGUUAAGUCUGCGUUUGACCACCACAGUCGAGCACCAUCGGGCUCGGUCUGCGAAACGUCUACGAUUUAGUUUGGCAAGGUUUCCUGGACAACAUUUAUAAGACAAAGGCGAGCAAAUGUUUUCUUUAAAUCAUGAAAAGCCUCUACAGGAAGCGCGAUGCCUACUUUAUGGCUUUCUUUCGUACUCGUGCCAUUGGCUAGGUUCAGCUUGCAGUCACUAGAUCCACAGGGUUCCCUUUAAUAUUUGUAGAAAAAAAUAAAUAAAACAGCGAAGCUGUCAUGGAAACAGAUGGAUGUCUUGUUCUACUCAUCCUCUGCACUUGCGUAAGAGAAUUCAGUAAUGCUCUGGCAAGAAGUGAUGUGGGUCUCCCACCCAGCCACUCACUUUCUAAGUGCGGGUGUUAGUUCUUCAACAGUAUGAGGAAUAUAGCUAUGGUUUAUUGAGAAAUAUUCCCGAAUGAUUGUAGAUAUUGCGAUAUAUAUAUAUAUGUGUGUUUAAUUUUUUUUUUUUUUUUUUUUGCUACAUCCUUUUUUGCUUCCAUCGCUUCGUAUCGCGCAUGCGUUGUUUGUGUGUGUGUGUGUGCGCGCGCGAGUGCGGCGUGUAUUUUAACUUUUUAAAUUGCAAGAAGUCAAGACCAAAUCAAACUAAAGACUUGGAUUUUCUAGCCCUCAGUACUUUUACAAUAUUUACUGUUUACCCGGUCAUUUGAACAAAAAUUAUUCUUCAUUAGACUUUUAAGCUCUCUCUCUAUAUAUAUAUUGCGCAAUAUCUAUGAUCAUACAUAAAAGCAGAACAAAUGGGUUUGUAAGUUGUUUGUCUUUGUAGGAGAGGAGUAACCGAAGAUGUCAAGCUCAUUAAAGCAUAUCUUUUCCGUUGCCAUUGAAAAAUCAUCAGCUGUCGAGCUUUGUCUAUAAAUGUUUGCUUACAAGUCUUUCAAGCUUUGAAAUCAGUAGUAAUGAAAACCCACAUUUUUCGUUAAUUGUCAAAUAAUUAAAUGCGUCCACAUUAAUGUUUGAGUACAUAUUUCAGCAGUUUAUAAGAAAAUAUUUUCACAGUUUUGCUUUUUUAUUUUUUACAGUUUUAAAUUUUACAAAGAUCUUACAAAUAACAAGGCUAUAUAAAAAUAUGCAUUUAUAUAAUUAUAAGCCUAUGUGAUUUACCAAUAUUUGACGCGGUGAUAUAGGCCUUUGGAUAUCCUCUUUACAUCAUCUGAUGUUGGAUCCUAGGAAACAAUGGACAUCUGAAUAUCCACCGGUUGACAUGGGGUCUAAUUACACUGGAUAAUUAUAUUUGGAGGAAAAGCGAUCAUCUGUUGCAAGUCUGUAGGGACCUAAUGAUUUUUUCAUGAUUUCCGAUGAGAACCACUUUUAUUAGACUAAAGUAAUAACAAUAAAUGAGAAAAUAUAUAUAUAGUGCAAUAUAUCUCAUUCACACUCAAACUCAUUGCGUUGAGCAAGUGUUUCGGCAGCAAAUAGUGAUCGCAGAAAAUUUAACGGUAAUAAUUCCAGAGAAAUAAGGGUUAUUGGCAUCAAGAAAAUAUUGAGAAUAUAUUGAGAAAUCGUGAUAAUAUUAAUAAAUGUUAUCAUAUGAAACUGCAAAAAGGUUUAUCAGUUUACUCACUUCAAGUCAAGAUCGCUGGUGAAGAGAGUGAAAGACAGCCAGUAGGUCCAAACAAUUUGCACUUUAAAAUAACAUUAUAUACAAUCCAGAAAUAAUACCCAAGAGGUGAGAAAAUGCAGCAGAAACACAUGUAAACAUGAAGGUCCAACAUUUAUCCAGAUGGAAGCAGGAUCAUAUUACAGAAACAAAAUCAAGGAGAUCCGAACCCUCAGCCUGUUGGGUGAAAGGACGGAAAUGCAAGACAUGAGUCAGUGAAGUACCCGCCUUCAUGUUUUCCUGCCAGGAAACGACUACACUCAUCAUUUCAUUAACUUCGAAAUUAUUUGUAAAUUAUUUCAAGUGUCUGCGUGCAGUUUAGUACACGACCUGUAAAUUAGAAACUUGUUUAGCACGCUCGAGUUUAUUUUAAUCUUUCAAGUUUAUUUACUUUUUGAAAGUCUGGUUUUUAUUUUGUUUGCUACUGAAGUCAGACUGUCAGUGAAAAGAACUGUGAUGAUGACCAUGAGGAUUUAUUUUUUGCUAUCUUUGACAAUCUUGGUUGCAUAAUCUAUUUAUUCCUUUUGCUUGUCAUCAUCGCUCAAGAAGUUCGCAUGACCACAUCAUAUCAUCUAUGUCUUCAUUUUGUUUUAACAGAGACUUGGGACGGUUGGGUUCAGAUCCCAACUCGAAAAGAGUGCAACUGAUUGGGUAGAUAAUUCCAAAUAAUAGUUUAUUCAAACAGGGUGGCACAGGAAAACAUUUUUGGGAAAUGACUAUUUUAGUAAGGUUUGAGAAGCAAGAGUGGAUCGGUGACUAUAAAAUCAUAUAAAUAUAUGUGUUAGUUGAUUUAAUAGAAAGUUCCCGGUGUUUUGUUCCCCCAACCCCGUCCGUUCAUGCAAUCAAUUAAGUACUUGUAGAAACACGUAGACAUACAAACUGUGAUGAUUUUUUUUGUAAGUUUUAUAAUUUUUUAAAGUUUUGUAAGAUUGUUGCAUUAAUUCCCCUCAAUGUUGUAAAAGUUUCUUAAAAUUAAACAGUUUAAGUGCA